CUCUCUCCCCCACCGGCUCUGAAGCAGUCAGAGUCCAGAGAGCCGUGAAGUCAGACUGGACGACCAGCCUUUCUCCCGAAGCUGAAGGGACCCCCUGAGAGGAUGAAGGUCUCCGGGGCUGCCCUCUUUCUCCUCAUCCUCAUCCUCACCACUCCUGCUUUGCACGGCCAGUCAAAAAGUCCUGCGUCGUUGAACAGUUCUCACACCUGCUGCCUGAAGCAUCAUGAGAAAGUAAUGCCAAGGAAAAUGGUGGUGGGAUACAGAAGGGCCCUCAACUGCUACCUGCCGGCAAUCAUCUUUGUCACCAAAAAGAACCGAGAGAUCUGUGCCAACCCCCAAAACAAAUGGGUCCAAGAGUACCUCAGGGAUCCCAAUAUACCUUUGCUGCCUCCCAGGAACUUGGCCCAGGCUAGAAGUGUUAGGCCAUAGGAAGGCCACAACGCCACAGCUCUCCACGACCAUCAGGCUUCAGUGGGAGUCCAGGUUCUGUAAAGAAAGGAGCAGGCCUGUGAAAAUGUGGCAUCUGGGGUGGGGGGCUGGCGUGUGGUCUGAAUGAGAAGCUAAUUAAAUGUACUUUAAACAUG